UUCUUUCUCCAUUCGUUUAUUCGUAGUUUUAAUUGAGCUUAAGUCAAUUUCGAUGUAAGCACAAGUAGUUCGUACGUGGUUUUCUGAAUUUUUUGUCGGUACUGGUUUCAUAAUUUUGAUUUAACAGCUAACUCUUUCUUAUCUAUGAUUCGUGGUAUUUUUUGUCGAGAUCAUGUGUAGUUUCGCCUGUUUCUGUUGGUUGAUCGAUUGCAAGUUCAUUUUUUUUUAUUUUUCUAGAUUUUUUUUUAUUUUCCUUGUUAACCUGGCUCUGUGAGGGGAUUUCGGAGGAAUUGGUUAAUUUAAUAUUUUGAAAUUAUGUUAUACUCCAUGUUAGUAGUAUAGUUUCUCCAAAUUUAGGGAUUUAUUCUGGAUUAUGUAAUUUUAUCAUGGAUCAUGACUAUAUUGAGGUGCUCCUGUAAGAGUAAUUGUAUAUAGGGAAAUGGAGAAUGAGAUAGGGGGCAAUAAGUCAUUGCUGUUGUAGGAGUUCUCAUAAAUUUAUCUUCUGCCAGCUGAAUGAUAUAAGGCUUACAAGUGAAAUAUCUUAAUGGGUGAUGGUCCUCGAGGAAUACAAAUCCUACCUGAUUAUUUUGCAGCUUCAACUUCUGGUUCUGGCUCUCCUUCAACUCCAAGCCAAGCAUCAUCAUCAGCCACAGAGUUGAGAUCUCAGAGUCUCACAUCAUCUCGUAGAAGAUUAAAAAGUGCCAGAUCCAUGUUGAACUUGUUUAAUUUAAGGGGGCGUUUGUCUUGGAAAUUAGGCGCAAAUGGCGAGGAAAAGGUUGUAUUAAGUGCUGUGGAGGUGGAAUCUCUUCGUUCAGAAAUAGCUGAUUUAGAAGAAAGAGAAUCUCACUUUAAAGCUCAAUUGGAGCAUAUAGAUGAAAUUCUGAGAUCUGCACGUCUAUCUGGCUAUCUCUACAUGCGGAUGAGAUGGGCAGCAUUACCUGGAGAACAACCUCCCAUAGAUGAUACUGAAGUUGAUGAUUGGCUUCCACGCUUCAUUGUCCUUCAUGGAUCAUGCAUCUACUUGUAUAUGAAAGCCACCGAUUUAAGUCCUCAGGACUCCACUCUCCUACCUGAUGUUAUUGAAGUUGGUCGUCUUCCUUGCUUAACACUGGAAGAUGAAGCAACUCGAUAUUGCUUUUAUAUUUUAACCCGUCAUGGGCUGCGAUAUGAAUGCUCUAGCAAAUCCAAGAUACAAGUUGAUUCAUGGCUGGAAGCACUGCAGAUUGAUUGCAAGUUGGCACUCGAUCCUGACGAUCUGAACGAACCAAAGGUGUAACUCGGUUUAUCUUCAAUGCAUAUUUCAUGGCUGGUAUCACUUUGUAUAAUUGUCCUUACAUAUUUCAAAACUGUACAGAGCAUCACUGAAUGAUAUCACCUUGUUGUAGCCUCUUUUAUCAUGGCUGGUAUCACUUUGUAUGAUUGUACGUAUGUAGCUUAUUUUAUCAUGGAUCAGAGAAGAUAAACGUUUUCAUCAUGUACA